AUGGUAAAUGGAGGUGGGUCCCAGCCACCGCCCAUCUUCAAGUCGAUGGGACAGGAACCCAUCGAUGGCUACGGCGACACGGUCAGCGGCGUUGUGCUCCUGCACCCGUACUUCUGGGGGAAGGAGCCGCUGGGCGCGGAGCCCACGGACACCGGUUACCGCGCCAUUUUCGACCCAACGUGGGACUUCAUCUGCGGCGGGAAGUUCGGCCUCGACCACCCGUACAUCAACCCGAUGGCGGCGCCGGAGGAGUGGAGGCAGCUCGGGUGCCGCCGCGUGCUGGUGACCACGGCGGAGCAGUGCUGGUUCGUGGAGAGGGCGCGGGCGUACGCGGAGGAGAUCAAGAAGUGCGGCUGGGACGGGGAGCUCGAGUUCUACGAGACCAAGGGCGAGGGGCACGUCUUCUUGCCCAAGCACGGCAGCGACAACGCCAAGGAGCUCGCCGUCGUGGCCGACUUUGUCAGGCGCUGUUGAGAUUGAUUUGCUUGUUCGUCCGGCACCUGAUCUAAUUUUUCCAAAUAGUAUAUUGCACAAAUUUCAAUUCUGGCCGGCCUCUCUGAUUCAGUCGCUGCCAAAGAAAGCAACCACCUGAUCCCUCAGCGGCUCA